AUGCAGACUCUCACGUUAACCAAGCCCGACGACUGGCACCACCACCUGCGCGACGGCGCGGCGCUGGCGACGACGGUGCCCUUCGCCGCGCGGUCCUUCGGGCGCGCCAUCGCCAUGCCGAACCUGAGCCCGCCGGUGACGACGGCGGCGCUGGCCGUCGCCUACCGCGAGCGCAUCCUCGCGCACCUGCCGCCCGGGUCGGCCUUCGAGCCGCUCAUGACGCUCUACCUCACGGAUUUCACGACGCGCGCGGACGUCGCCGCCGCCGCCGACAGCGGCGUCGUCGCGGCGUGCAAGCUCUACCCCAAGGGCGCGACGACGAACUCGCACGGCGGCGUCAGCGACGUCGCGAAGAUCGCGGACGCGCUCGACGAGAUGGAGAAACGGCAAUUGCUCCUGCUGGUCCACGGCGAGGCGACGGGCGACGUCGACAUCUUCGACCGCGAGCCGACGUUCCUCGAGGACACGUUCAAGCCCGUCGCGCGGCGCUACCCGAACCUGCGGAUCGUGCUCGAGCACGCGUCGACGAAGGAGGCCGCGGCCUACAUCUUAAACGGCCCGCCGAACGUCGCGGCGACGGUGACGCCCCAGCACCUCCUCUUCAACCGCAACGACAUGCUCGCGGGCGGCCUCAAGCCGCACCUCUACUGCAUGCCCAUCCUCAAGGCCGAGGCGGACCGCGCGGCCAUGGCCGCGGCCGUGACGUCCGGGAGCCCCAAGUUCUUCCUGGGCACGGACAGCGCGCCCCACGAGUACCUCAAGAAGGAGAGCGCGUGCGGCUGCGCGGGCGUCUUCUCCGCGCACGCGCCCCUCGAGCUCUACGCGCUCGCCUUCGAGCGCGCCGGCGCGCUCGACAAGCUCGAGGGCUUCGCGUCCUUCCACGGGCCCGACUUCUACGGCCGGCCCCGGAGCGCGGAGACCGUCGCGCUGCGCCGGGAGGCCUGGACGGUCCCCGCGGAGUACCCGUUCGCCGAGGGCCGCCUCGUGCCCCUCAUGCACGGCGAGGAGCUCCCCUGGAAGCUCGACGCGCCGCCGGCGGCGCUCCCGGGCCCCCGGUGCCCCGCCGCGAAGAAGCCGCGGACGUAA